AUGGUCGUCGACUGGCUGUGCCCGGGACUGAGGCCUUCCGGUAAUCGCAGGCCGCGGCUGUUGCACUGCAAGGUCAUCCUUCUCGACGAGUACGAGCUCCUGCAGGACGUUCUUAACUCCAACUUGGGCCAGGAGUUGCUGGACAGGGUCUUCCGGCACCUCAACCUACUCGAGACUGCGUACUUUGGACUGCGCUAUCUCGACCACGAGAGCCAAACGCAAUGGCUCGACCCGAGCAAGAAGAUUGGCAAGCAGCUCAAGCCAAAAAAGGGCGACCUCAACCCCGACGCUCACACCCUCUACUUCUGCGUCAAGUUCUACGCGGCCGAUCCCUGCAAGCUCAUCGAGGAAAUCACCAGGUAUCAGUUCUUCUUGCAAGUCAAACAGGACAUACUCCAGGGCAGACUUCCGGUGUCUUUCGACCUCGCAGCCGAGCUCGGCGCCUACGUCGUUCAAUCGGAGCUCGGUGAUUACGAUCCAAGGCGUCACUCCUACGGCUACGUGUCCGAGUUCAGGUUUCUCUCGAACCAGACGUCCGAACUCGAGGCGCGGAUCGUCGAGCUGCACAAGACACUCGUAGGACAGUUACCAUCGGCCGCCGAGCUGAACUACCUGGACAAAGUGAAAUGGCUAGACAUGUACGGCGUCGAUCUACAUCCGGUGCUGGGAGAGGACUGCGUCGAGUACUUUCUCGGGCUGACGCCAAGCGGUAUUAUUCUUCUGAGGAACAAGACCAAAGUUGGCAACUACUACUGGCCGCGCAUCAACAAAAUCUAUCACAAGGGCAAGUACUUCAUGCUGCGAGUGAGCGAGAAGAACUCGGCCGACCGGACGCACGGCUUCGAGACGCCGUCGCGGGGCGCCUGCCGGCACCUCUUCCGCUGCUGCAUCGACCACCAGGCGUUUUUCCGGCUGAUGGCCACGGGACCACCACCCCUGAGCCAGUACUCGCGUUUCCGCUCGUACAGUCCGCCGAUGACCGCGGGCUCAGCGCUUGCCGAGAAGCAGCUACAGUCGAACAAUGUGCGACGACUGGUGCAGCCGAGCUUCCAGCGAAUGCCGAGUCGGAGAGUCCAGCGCCGGGUAGUCGAAGGCCAGGAGAUGGUCGCGGGUUUCGUGGAGGGUCCGAGUGGCCAGUCAGCCAUCCAGGGCUCGAUCGUACAGAGCCAGAACUGCCUGGCCCACGGGGGUAGCGUGGCAUCGAGGAACAACCCCAGUCCCAGGAGCACGAGAAGCGCCCCGUGGACUCAGAGCCAGCCCCGGGGACUGUACACUUCGUCCAGCCCGAGAUCCGUCAGGUCUUGCGGGACCGCGCCAGCUCUCCUCAGUCGGCUGAACCGGAGGAGCAGCUCGGUGGAGAGUCAAAGUUCGGCGGACAGUCACAGCCGGGGCACAGGGGGCGGCAGCCAUCGCCGGCGCAGCCACAGUCGUGGUCACCGCAAGCACAACCGACACUCGGACUGCGAGUCCCAGCUGUCGCGCGGCUCCACGCAAAAGUCCGGACACAGGAAGCACCGCCGGCGACACAGGAGCUCGAGACACUCCAGUAGGCACGAAAUGGUCGACUCGGCGCCACAGUGGCGGGAAGCGCAGCGACGAAAGGGCGAAAUCAUCCAAAGAGCCGUUAUAAGCACGACUGAGCCAAGGAGAAGGCACAGAAGCAAACACCGAAGUCCGUCUUCGAAGCAUCCACUGCCCGACGAGCUGAGAAAACACCUCGAGUUCAGUUUGGUCGAUACCUCGGGCAUGAGCGAGCAGCAGCGCCGCGAGAUCGCGUACACGGUGGUCCAGUCCCAAUUGGCCCACCACCGCCACCAACAGCAGCUGCAACAACAACAACAGCAGCAGCAGCAGCAGCAGCAGCAUCUUCACCACCAUCAACAGCAACAGCACUACCAGCCCGUGCCACCGCAGUACCAGAACCAGCAGCAACAAACGCAACAGCAGAACCAACAGAAUCACCAGCUGCAGAGUCAGCAGCAAUUGUCGCACGGCAGCUACUGUACCGGGUCUUUGGCCCAAUUGAGGAGCAGCAACUCGAGACUGGACGAGCCGGAGAGGUGCGCGUCCUCGGCGUCGACCCAAACGGGCCAGCCUAGAGCCGUGGGCUUCUCGGUGAAACGCGAUCGGCGAAGCGUUUACCAGUGCAGCCAACAACAGCAGCAGGACACCAGCGCCAGGCACCACGUGCCCACGGCGAUGUCGGGCCGAAUGAACAGCAGGACCGAACUGCACCACCUGCACGGCAGUAGGCACGAGCUCUAUUACGGCUCGUCGUCCUCGAGAAAGGGCUCGCCCUCGCCGUCGAUCGUCGGAGUUGGUCACGGUGGCGUUGGCAGCACUGGCGGUUUACUGGCGCGAGGCGGCAGCGCCUGCCGGCUGCCGGUACUCAGCAGCGCCAACGCCGACAGUGGCCUCGGCGAGAGCACCACCCAGGACUUUUCCAGCUGCUGCUCGAGCUCGGCCGACAGUACCAAGCACUCACGCGUUACGCAAAGACAAUUAGACGAAGAUGGAUAUUAUAAGCUUCCUUCUGAUACAUUCAAGCAGAAUCUGCCAAACAGCAAUGCAACGUUGGAUGCCGUUUUGCAACCAAUUAUAUCCACAUUGACUCGAAGACGACGAACUAGACCAAAAUAAAUUCGCCAAGGAUGGGUGCAUCUUUGCUGUUGUAUUUUAAGUGCACAUAUUGUAUAUUCCUUUUCAAAAUGAAAAUUUUUACAUUUCGAAGAAUAAAAGAAAUUGU